AUGCUUGAGACUGAAACCUCCAAAGUGAGUAAAGCUUAUGCAUAUAUUAAACCUCCAAAGGCCGUAACACGUGUUCCAUGUACUGAAAUAGAUGAAGAGCUGAGGAAAGAUAGUGUGGGAGAGAAGGCGAAGAGCGAGAGGAGGAUAGAUGAGUGUAUAAAAGGACGGACAAUCUCCACUUCUGAGCAGAGUAGGGGAAGGGGCUCGGAAUGGACGUCUAAGUUAUUGGCCUUGUUUUGUGUGUGGGGUGUAGUGGUGUUGGUGCGUAAGAUAGGAAAGAUGUGUGGUAUGCGAACAAAAGCCCAUUCAUACCUUCAUAUUUUGCUGCUUAUUUACUUAGCAGAAAAGCAUCAACUGUGUGGCGUUUUAAUUAGUGGCAGCAAAAGGAAACAAGCAAGCAGCAGCGCAACGACUGUGUCCACAGGAACGAAUCGCUGCAUGCAGCAGCAGCAGCAUCAGCACCAUCAUCUAUCCGCGUCAUCCAGCAGCGGUUUAUUAACAGUGUCAACGGUUGAAUCCCCAACGUUGACUUUCGUUGAUCGUCUCAAGCAGCGGCUUUUGUUGGCCUAUGAUAAUGGCGAUAUACAGGAAGCUACGGAUGUGGUCAUCAAAUUGGAGAAGUCCAAUUUGACGAGGGAAUUACUCGAGUGGUUGGGAGUUGGACACGUACGUACGUGUUGGUGCCGCAUGCACUCUGCACUCCUUAUUCGAGAGCAGCAGCACCGCACACAUGUGUAUGUGUACCACGCAGCGUCGAGGCAACGAGCAUUGUCACGCCUUUGUAGCAGCAACCAGGAGCGCCUACCUAGACCUGCUGCACUGGCCUGUCAACCGAUGCUACUACCUACUGAUUUGUGGGAUGGUGAGGAAUUAGGGGUGGCAUGCAGUAUCGAAGCAGCGUUGGCGCACCCAUACGACAGCAACCGACGUGAUCUGAAGAUGAGCAAUCGAUUGGGUGGAUGCAUGUUUAUGUUUUUGUAG